AUGGCAACAGGUCACUUAAACGUGCAACAUGGUCUCUGCUGGGAGCUUUGGCUAGCAUGGGUGGCGGUUAUGCUCUCCAUUUCGCUGAUUCAAGCAUUCUACUUCACAGUUUGCCUGCCUGCAGAAGCCCGUCUGCCUGGAUGGGGAUUGGCCAUCGUCAUGCCUGUCCUGCCAGUUCUGGGCGAGCCACUGGACAUCUUCAAAGACUGGCUGUUCAUUGGUUUAGCAUUAUCGCAGAGGACCUGGCCCAGUGUCAUGAUGGCUGGCACAGGUGUUGGCAUCCUCAUCGCCUCAAACGUCUACAUGCUACGAUACCAUCCAAAAGAGCUGGCUGCAGGUCUGCUUCCUGUCCGAGCUGUGGGGCUGAUUGCAUGGUCUGGGCGCCCACCAGAAAAUCUGAUGAUGAAGCAGACCUCCCCCGCGAAGCUGGCAGUGGCCAUCACAGAGGACCUGCCUCAGGCAGGCCUUCAGUCACUCUUUGUGCUAGUCUAUGGAGGUUCCCCGAUUCAACACUUCUUUAUCAUCGUCUCUGUGCUGAAGGCUUUGGCAUGCCUGGUCUUGCGGGCGACCAUCAUGCAGAACGAAGGCCGCUUCGGGGAUGCCUACGAGGCGCUAGUGGUUUACUACCGUUUGACGUGGACGCUUGCGAGAACAGUCUUGGGUGAGAACAGCACGUUUGCCUUGGAGGCUAGGCACAACUUGGGGAAGUCGCUUAGCGACCUCGGCCGCCAUGCGGAGGCCCUGGACGUGUUCAGGGAUGUGCUGAAGCUCGCCUUCCACGCCGAAGCUUUGGAUGUCUUCAGGGAGGUGCUGGCUGCAAAGCAGCAUGCCCUUGGGCCCACUCACCCAGACACACUGAGAGUUCAGGCGAGCGUUGCCAUCUCCUUGCGGAAGAAUGGCCGCCUUUCCGAAGCUCUGGAUGUGCAGAGGGAGGUCUUGUCUACACAGCAACAAUGCCUUGGACCUACGCACCCUGACAGUCUGAGAACAGAGGGCAACUUUGGACUCUUGUUGGUAGACUUGAAGCACCAUGCUGAAGCUCUGCAUGUUUUGCAAGAGGUGCUCGCUGCCAAACAGGAGGUCCUGGGACCUACUCACCCCUCCACUCUGGCAACUCAGCUAGGACUUGCAACAUCACUGACGGAGCUGGAUCGCCAGACUGAGGCCGCGGAUGUUUUGAAAGAGGUGCUGGCUGCUCAGCAGCAGGUUCUGGGCUGCUCUCACCCUGCCACUUUGGAUACCCAGAACAGCCUUGCUGAGUUGCUCAGCGGUCUUUGUCGAGUUGAAGCCGAAGCUCUGAGAGCUCAAGUUGAAGGUACGUUUGAUUCUCAUGAUCCUGCAUGA